AUGAGCACACAUAGAUUCAAGCCUCUGUAUGAUGAGUCAGAAUCUGAAGAUGAUUACCUAGGAUCCGUUUUGGACAAUAAGGAUGAGAGCGACGACGAUUUUUCCUCCUUGUCCUUUGGUGCAUUGAACUCUGCGCAAAAGAAGCUUCGCGAGCAGAGUGAAACUCAAAGACCGCCAUCCAGAAAAAGCCUGAAAAAUCAAGAGAGCGACGAUAGCGAUAGCGACAGUGAUGAUCAGUUUUUUGAAGACAAGAAGUCCAAAAAGACUAAGGAUAAGAAGUCUAAAAGAAGCAAGCAUGCACCGGCAGAGGCCAGUUUUAAGCGUCCUGUGCCAAAAAUCAGAGAAAUUCCUGGACUCAAGAGCGCAAAGGAUAGCACGCUAUACACAGACAUCAGAUUUGAUGCUGCUUACGGCAAAGCAGACUUGAACAGAGUCAGGAAGGACUAUGCAUUCUUGGAUGAGUUGCGACAAAAGGAAAUCGCAGAGAUGAAAGCAGUAUUGAAGAAUGAUAAGCUUCGCCGUAAAAUGUCACAGCGUGAAAUCGAAGAUCUCGAGCUACAGGUCAAGUCGCUUCAGUCUCGACUUGACACUUUGAAGAACAGAGACUUGAGCACAAAGAUCAUUUCUGACCACAAGAAGCAACAGAUGGAGAAGAUGAAGAAGGGCGAACAAGUCAAUCCUUACUACUUGAAGAAAUCAGAGCAGAGGAAGAUGAUUCAAAAGGCCAAAUUCGAGACCAUGAAAGCUUCUCAAAGGGAGAAAGUUAUGGAGAGGAAAAGAAAAAGAAAGUUGGGUAGGGAAUUCAGACAAUUGGAGUUUAGAGAGCCCCAACGUUAA